CCAGACGAUAGGGAGCAGCAGCUGCACGUGCUUGUCGUCAGCAGCCUCACCGAGCCGGCUGCCUGCGCAGCUCUGUCACCAGCUCGACUCCUUCGAACCCAGACACGGAUUCCACGCAAUGGCGUCGACCCUCGCUCGACGGGCGAGACAGAAUCCUUGGGCGACGUGCGCAGUGGGUCACAGCAUCGUAAGGGCUUUGAAAAGGGCUGGGCGACCGAGGCCCUGGGCUGAGGCUUCCCCUGCCUUUCUCUUUCCUGACCAGGGGCCACAGCACCUUCACAUGGGCCGGGCGCUCUUCGGGCGGUUCAGUACCUUUCGCGAAUGGGUGCUCCGCAGCGACAGAGUCUAUCGGGACGUCGUGGGCUGGAGCCUGAUCGAGGAUGACGGUCUGUUUGGCGUGCAAAGGGGAGCGCUGUGGGAGGCCAACAGUCGGUGGUCCACGCUGCACAUCCUCCCCGCUCUGACAGUCGUCCAGGUCGGCCUCGUCGAUCUGCUACGCUCCCUGGGGCUGCGUCCACAAGCCAUGCUGGCGCACAGUGCCGGUGAGACGGCCAUGACCUACGUCGUCGCCGUCCGGCUCAGCGUCAUCCGUGCCGGCCUCAUGCCCCAGACGGAAGCAGAGGGCGCGGGCAUGAUCGCCGUCGCCUGCUCCUCGCGACGGGCCUCCAAGCUCAUGCAUGCGCUGUCGCUGUCGCUGGACAUUGCCGCCAUCAACGGGCCAGAGGCUGUCACGCUCGCGGGCAAGCGCGUCAUCCUCGACUCGUUCCGUGCGCAGGCAGUCGCACAAGACGUGCAGUGCACCAUGCUGAGGACCAACGUGGCGGUCCACAGCAGCUUCAUGGAGCCGCUGCGGGAGCGCCUCGUCGCACAGGUCAAGGAGCUCUUCGCAGCACACGGUCUCGACAAAGGCCAAAUCCGACACCAAGCCAGCAUUGACGUCUUCUCCUCCACCGUGAGGGAGGACGCCUUCCACGGGCCCUUUGACUGCGACUUUUGGUAGCGAAACACGCGCAACG